GUCAGAAACAGACAGAAUAAACUGCAACGUGUGUGUGACUUGGCUGUUCCAGUGGAGGAAGGUGAUGGCCCGUACCACGCGCUCGCGACGAAAAAUGGCGAACACGACUGAUGCUCCCUCGCCUGCGAGCAGCCUUUUGUCGUCCACCACGACGGCCCCGUUCACCAGCCCGACAUCGGCAACCUACUCCACCGAGGGCUAUACCUUCAAUUACACCGGCCUGCCAAGCUUAGGUGGCUACUCAUUGGAGGAUCUGAAUUACACGGAACUCUGGGUGGACGUAUGGAAUAGCACCGAGGCCAGUAACGUGACCGAGAGGUUAAAUACCACUGUACUAUCAUCGGGAGGAGGCUACUGCGACGAAUGGGAGGCAGCGCAGCACAAACUCUUCCAGGCGGCGAAUCUGUUCUUCGCGGCUGCUUUCCUGGUGCCGCGUUCCUUCAAGGCGUCAGUGCUGGCGCUGCGCACCUUUCUCACGGCCGGCUUUAUGCUGGCCGCCCUCUGGGCCGGGAUCACCAUAUGCGCCCUGGACGCGAUGCUAUGGUGUCUGGCGCUCGGCCUUCUCAACGGGAUCCACUCGCUCAUACUAGCCUGCCGAUUUCUCCCUCCGGCGCUCAGCCCCGAGCUGGCCGAGCUCUAUCUCAAACUCUUCAAGCCGUACAAGGUCAGCAAGAAACACUUCCAGGAGUUGGCCAAGGAGGCGAGGAUACUGAAGCUGGACUCCGGUCAGACGUACGCGACCGAAGGUGUCACCCCCGCCGACGAACGACUGUCGAUACUGUUGCGCGGCAAGCUGAAGGUGACCUGCGACGGGACGCACCUGCACUACAUCAAAGCCUAUCAGUUCGUCGACUCGCCGGAAUGGGAAGCGAUGCACGAGAACAUCGACGACGUCUUCCAAGUGACGAUACGAGCGGAGGAGUCCAGCACGUACAUCUGUUGGACGAGGCUGAAGUUGCUCAGAGUACUCAGGCAUAGGCCCCUGCUCAAGGUCGUCCUCAACACCCUCAUCGGUAAGGACAUUACGUCCAAGUUGUACGCCCUUAACGAGCAGCUCGCUGGUGUCGCCGCGGCCAGUGAGACAACCACGUCGAAUCCUUACAGGGGCGUCGCGAGAAGUCUCAGCGUCGACGCCGUAAACACUGAAACUGCCGGAAGAGUACGAUCGACGACGUGGAAGGCACAGAGGAGGCACAGUAACCCGCGUAGCGACAGGAGUUCGCCGUCGCGGUACUCGCACCAGUACUGGGCGCCGGUGGUGGCGAAUCACUUCCCGCCGACCUCGCCGUUCACCCAGGGCCAAAACCUCGGCUACACGUUGCUGCCGCAGGCCGUUCAGUUCUCACCGCCGUCGCGGGCACCCUUUCUCUCGCAUCAGCCGUUGACGCGGCAGCGCAGCGGAGGCACCAGCGGCGAUUACACCCUGCUACCUCAGACACCGAAGCUCGAGAGGAAACGCUCGAAAAAGGGGACGAGGGAGGUGACGUUCGAGACGCCGGUAUGACGGUCGCUCGACGGGGAGGGCCCUGCAAGCGUACCACUUCUGUCGCUGUCGCCGCAGCGUUCCGCCUAGCCCCGUCGAGAUCAUCCCCGAAACGUGACCCACCUGUCACGCUGGUUCGUUGCGUGGUCCGGCUAGACCGAGAGAAUCGCGCACUGUCCGGCCUAUAUCCAGCCAGCAGCCGCCUAGAGAAUUGUCGCGUUCGAGACACUUUCAAGAACGACACGUACGACACGACGAACAUUCGAUUGCGCAGUCUGUGCAAUCUAUUCUGUGUGUAUGCAUGUGUAUGCGCGCGCCUGUCUCUGUAUGCGUAAUAAUACGUGCAAAUGUGUAUGCCUGUGUGUGUUUGUGUGUGCCUGAGAGGAAGAGAGUGCGCGCGUAGAACGCUCGCAGAAACCUCCGUUCGUACUUGAUGAGCCGAAGCAAGCUCGAAACGGACACAGCUGGUCGAGUACUAGAUUGGAGGAAGACGCACGAUGAUCAGACCAUGUUCAUAUCCCGCAAGUGCUACGCCUUACACGUAACUGAUACUUACACGCAUCGCCGUGCACGUAACACGCACGUGCACAAGUAAAAUUACCUGAGCGGAAUACCCUCGAUCGAAAAGCCGUGUGGAAUCGCGAUCGAUCGUGGUGGAAGGAGUGUGCACGGUGUUCCCCGCACGACACACGAGUGACCGGAUAUAUGUAUAUAUGUGUA